AUGCUCCGGGCUCGACAGACACAGGCCCACCUCUCACCCAUCUUCACUGGUGCUUCCACCUUCAGAAAACAGGCAUCGACAUCAACUAGACCGGGAAAAAUGGAUGCAUCAACGCACCCUCUCGCUGGCCUCUACAAACCCAACGCGCUGAAAGGACUGUACUAUGGACCUGACGUGGUGAAGAAACAAAUCUUGUCCGUCCUCCCCAGCGAGUCGUCGAAGGCAUUCAUCGUCACGGGCACCUCACUCGCGACCAAGACGCCCUUAAUCCAGUCUCUCGAAGAUCUUCUCUCAUCGAAACACCACCACGCCGGCACAUUCAGUCACAUCAAAGAACACGCACCGGUGGCACAACUCGACGAGGCAACGGUACAAGUCACGAAUGACGGCACCAUUGACACGAUUAUCAGUGUAGGCGGUGGGUCGCCCAUCGACAGCGCCAAAGCCAUCGUGUACCGAGUCCAUGAGAUGUCGAACAAAUGGCUCAUGCAUAUUGCCAUCCCGACCACCUUGUCCGCGGCAGAAUGCACUGCCGUGGCGGGCUAUACACAAGCAGACGGCGUCAAGACAGGCAUCUCUCACCCGAGUGUCUACCCAUCCUACGUCUUUUACGACCCCAAAUUCGGCCUCUACACGCCACCCAGCCUCAUCCUCUCGACCGGCUUCCGUGCCCUCGACCAUGCCAUCGAGUUACAAUACCACCCGAGCGCGACCUGGGUGCCGACGCGGCUUGUGGCGCUGAACGCGAUCGGCGAACUAUUCCGGCUCCUGCCAAAGUACCACGCCGACUCAAAGAACGAAGACAUCAUCACUGGUCUCUUCCUCGCUGCCUACGCCAGUCUGGGCUUCCUCGGAUUGAACACCAAGGGCGGCCUGGGCCUUUCGCACUCGCUGGGCUACGCAUUGGGCUCGCCAUACGGAAUUCCCCACGGCAUCACCUCAUGUCUGACACUGGGUCAUGUCGUGAAAAUCAAGGCCCGUCAAAGUGCAGAGAACGCAGAAAAAAUCGCCGCCAUCCUCCCAUACAUGGGCGAGAAGCGAUUGGGGGAUGAUUUGAAAGACAGCGACUUAGUCGGCGACAAGAUCUUGGGGCUGGUGCAGGAUUUGGGGCUCAAGACAACACUCACAGAACGGGGUGUGGGGAAGGAUCAGAUCGAUAUCAUUUGCGCACGGGCCACGGGUGGAUUGAUGCCGGGCAAGGAAAAGAGUGCACAGGAUGAAGAGGUCUUGAAGACGGUGAGAGGAUUAGUCGAGGGGCUGUAUUGA